GCCCAACCUGAGGCCACGAUCCGUGACAAUACAUUUGAUCGAAUCCAACAUAAUAUGCGAGUUGCAUAUGGGCCACGAUUCAAUUGUAGAUGCGGCCCAUUUUGGGUGACGAUGAUACCUUAAGCAAAGAUGCCACCUUCCCCCGAACGAGAGAACGAGUAGCUGCCGCAGAAGUAGCAGCAUCCAAAGGGGUCCAUUUUCGUCCUCCUCCCGAUCCAUCAUCUGUUCUUCCUCGACUCUAAUGGAGCCGCCGCGGCCGCCGCUCUUGUGCGUGGGGCUUCUCCUUCUUGUCGAGCUCCUCCUGCCGCCGCCGACCUUGGCGGAGUCUGACGACCAGGCGUGCCUCUCCAACCUCCGGCGAUCGCUGACGGACCCCAACAGCAGCCUCCGGAACUGGACCCGCGCCAACUUCGCUGCCCCCUGCAAUGGAUUCACCUCCUACCUCCAGGGCGUCACCUGCAACAACGGGCGCAUCUACAAGCUCUCCCUCGCCGGCCUCGCCCUCGGCGGUGCCAUCUCCCCUUACGUCUCCAACUGCACCAACCUUCAGUCCCUCGACCUCUCUUCCAACCAGCUCUCCGGCCCCGUCCCGUCGGAGCUCUCCGCCCUCCUCAACCUCGCUGUCCUCAACCUCUCCUCCAACCGCCUCACCGGCCCCAUACCCCCGCAGCUCGCGCUUUGCGCCUAUCUCAACGUCAUCGACCUCCACGCCAACCUUCUCUCCGGCCCCAUCCCUGACCAGCUCGGCCUCCUCGUCCGCCUCUCCACCUUCGACGUCUCCUACAACCGCCUCGAGGGCCCCAUCCCUGUGCUGCUCGCCAACCGGUCGGGCUUGGCGGCGGGGCUGCCGCGGUUCAACGCCAGCUCCUUUAUCGGCAACAGGGACCUCUAUGGGUAUCCCCUGCCGCCCAUGAGAGGGAAGGGACUGUCGGUGCUCGCCAUUGUCGGAAUUGGGCUCGGUAGUGGUCUUCUUAGCCUGGUGCUCAGUUUCACCGCGGUUUGCAUCUGGCUUCGGGUCACGGAGCAGGCGGCCAUGAUGACCAACGACGAGGGCAAGGUCUCCCACCUCAUGCCCGACUACUGACUGGUUCGCUUCUUCGGAUCUGUCCCGCCAUGAAUCCGGCAUAAAAAAUCCCAUCUUGGAUUCCCCUUCUCAUUCUUCCAAGAGUAAAGUUCGCUCCUUUUUGUUAUUUUUCUUUUCUUUUCUCUUGCCUUUUGGUUUUACUUAGCCAUCUGUCUGCCUUUUCUUCUUUUGUUUUCUCUGUGAAAAGAAGUUCUUUGAAGCUUCACAACGAGAAUGUAUACCAAAACUUGACAAAGAAACUAAUUGAGUAGCUCUGUUCUGUUCAAUACAGAGCUUUAUGUGA